AGAAUUUUAACUCAUGUAGGAGAAGAAAGCAAGAGAGAAGGCUUAAGAGAGAAGCCCUGUAUCUCCACAAGGUCACAUGGCUGCAUAGUGACAGUUUCCUUCUGUUCAUUCAGCAAAUAUUUACUGAAGGCCUGCUUCUGAGCCAGGUAGUAAGUGAAGAUGAUGUCUGCCAAAGACAUGGCUAAAGUGAUGAUUGUCAUGUUUGUAAUUUGCUUCCUUACACAAUCGGAUGGUGAAACUAUUAAGAAGAGAUCUGUGAGUGAAAUACAGCUGAUGCAUAACCGGGGCAAACACCUGAAGUCGAUGGAGAGGAUGGAAUGGCUACGGAAGAAGAUGCAGGAUGUGCAAAAUUUUGUCGGAUCUCCAGAUCCAAGAGAUAACAUUUCCGAAAGCCUUCAAAGGAAGGAAGACAACGUCCCACUUGACAACCGUCAAAAAAGUCUUGGGGAGACAGACAAAGCAGAUGUGGACGUAUUAAUGAAAGCUAAACCCCAGUGAAAACACACGUGAGGGAAGCACAGCUCGAGACAGCG